UUGUAGUGGCAGCUGUCAUGGCGGCGGUGUUGACAGUUUUCCUGAAUGUUCUCUGAUAUGUGUAAUCAUUACUGUCUGGUUUAAUCAAUAAUCCACCAUGGCGGCGGUGUUCCUGGUCACUCUGUUCGAGUAUUCCCCGCUCUUCUCCAUCUCUGUGGUCUCUCUCUGUUUCCUGGUCACUGCCGCCAUCCUGCUCGCCCGGUUUGGUUUCGACGUCCCAGUGAUCCUCCGCAGCUCUGACGACUCUGAGUCCGUCCUGCCCACCCCAGAGAAGCACAUGGUCCAGGUGACCAAUCCUUUUGGCCUGGAGGUGGGCAGUGGGCCAGCCUCUGUCUCAGAUGGUGUCAACUUGAAACCGUGCUGUCUGGAGCCAUGUGUGCUCAGCUGUUACUGGGGCUGUGAGAUCCGAGCCCUGCAGGGAGCGCUGCAGGCCCACCAACAUGGCAAGAGGAUCCGUACCCCCCAACACGUCCAGGAGGCCCUGCAGCUCUGCUACCUGCACUAUGAGAGCUUUACAAUCAGCAGCCAGGAGAGGCCGGAGAUUCACACAUGCAUACCUCCAGACCUGGGUGUCACAGACCUCGGCCCCAUGCCCCGUGAACACUACCCUCUGGUGGCCGUGCUUACGCUAGCAGAGCAGGAAGCCAGAGAGACGCACAACAUCGUGGCCAGUGUGAGUGUUCUCCAUGUUCCUGAUGAGAAGUACCGCCUCUCUGCUCGGGUUUUGUUUCACUACCUGCUCACCACACAGGGGAACAUGUACGAGUUAAAGCCUCUCUUCAUGUCUGCUGAGAGUGGGGGGGCAUCAGGCGUCUCAGAGCAGAGUCCAGCUCAAAGCGAAUCAGGAGAGGCCGUCGGAGUGGAGCCAAGUCCAGCGGAGGAAGACGAUUAUGUAGAUGGAGAUGGGGAGUUCCGGUCAGCAGGGGGCAGCAGAGACUGUGUGGUGUGUCAGAACGCCGCCGUAAACCGAGUGUUGCUACCCUGCAGACACGCCUGUGUUUGUGACGGCUGUGUGUCACGCUUUCAGCACUGUCCCAUCUGCAGAGCCUUCAUCCUGGAGUCCUUCACGCUGGCACCUUAGCCAUGUUUAAUACACACCAGCUACAAGCCAACUGCACGUGACUAGACAUUGUUCCCUGAAGGGGAAGGUGGUGUUUGACAGCAGGGGGCAGUAUGAGGCAGGGCAGACUCCUCAUUUGUCCAACGGUGAAAAUGAAACAUUUUUAUCCAAACACUGAAUGGGAUCUCUGAAAAUUGCCAUGAACAGUAGAGUUGAAACAUCUUUGAAUAUUUUUUGGAUAAUUCUGUUGCUGUUUAUCACUCCUGUUUAUUUUUAACCCUCUAAUUUUCACAUGAGCAUUAUUGGACCCUCGGAUCAGUGAAGACAGAUUCUAACCACUGUUUCCUCCUCAGUCUGACAGGAUCUGUUUUUUCUGUCUGGGUUUAAAAUCCUCAAAUCUUUGUAGAUGACUGAGCUGAUCACACCAUCAGAAAUAUUUAUGGUUUUAUUUUUUAUGUACAAUUAAUUUAUUUUGUCUGUCUGUUUGAGCUGUGUUAAAGGAACAGAUCAGUGUUUAUUUACCAGUGAAGAGUCUGUGAGUAUACUCUGUAAAAUCCGAUUAAACUCCCGAAGUUAAAUCUCA